AUGCUGCCGAGGAUACGAGCCGUUGGCGGCCUCAGGGUUCACCUUGCUGUCCCCGCUACGCAAAGGUCCGGCCCUAGCUCAUCGGUCCUUGCACAAAUCAGCAUCACAACUCGCCUCGCACCUUGCCCACGAACGCUAUCCACAGCAGCACGCUCAUCACGGCUCUCCCCAACACUCAACCUCACCCAUCUCACAGCUUCUCGACCACCACACCGCCCCUCUUAUCGCCACCACAGCACCAACUCCACUCAGGGCUCGUACCACACGCCCUCCUCGGCAACCCAAACGCUCACCUCUUUACCCUCCAUCUCUCCACGGUCGCUGGUGAAAUACCUUGACUCGUACGUUGUUGGCCAGACUCGGGCGAAAAAAGUGCUCGCUGUGGGGGUGUGGAACCACUACUUGCGCGUGGCGUCCAACGAGCGGGUGAAAGAGGAGGCCGAAACCGAAUCUUCACCUCCCUCCCCUUCCUCUUCCUCCCCCUUCGAAUCGUCAGCGAGCUCGCCAGGUGAGGAAGGGAGGAAACUACGACUGGGCAAGUACACCCCCUCCAGCCCGGCAGACGCAGAGGCAACCCAACGCUCGCACGUCAUCUCCACAGAACGCAGUGCGGAACGUGCGCGAGAUCCGCACGGCGAAGCGACACGCUCGCUGAUGUUUGGUCGCAGCGAGCGCGAGUGGCUCCUCAACGCCCCCGAGAUCAAGUUUGGGGACAAACCACGACGCGUAUCGGCCAAGACGCCAGCCGAACAGGCCGAGACGGCCAAAUGGUCUGCCGAGACGGCGCGCAUCGGCGUGUUCGGCGUCGAUCCGGACGAGGUAUCCUACUUCUCGUCGAACCAGGGGACGCAGCCGAAGCAGAGCGAGGGGGAGGAGUUGAAGUGGACGACGCCAGCGACUGAGGAGCGUGCCAAAGCCGAUGUCGAGCGACACACUUCCGCGGUCCAUCCGUUUCCCUCCCCACCGCAGUCAGCACCCUUGCCAGCGGGAGAGGGAGGUAUCCUCGCUAGCAACCCGGGGAAUCUGCCCUUUUUUGAAAAGUCCAACAUCCUUCUCCUGGGCCCGUCCGGGUCCGGUAAAACCCUUCUGCUGCGCACGCUCGCCCAGGCACUCGACGUGCCGUUCGUCCAUGUCGACGCGACACCCCUCACCAUGGCGGGGUACGUAGGCGACGAUGUGGAGAGCAUCAUCCAUCGGCUGCUCGUCGAGUCCAAUUGGGAUGUCGCUCGUGCUCAACGGGGGAUCGUGUGCAUCGACGAGAUUGAUAAGCUCAAAAAGACGGGCAAGGGAGGGGCGGGGAAGGAUGUGGGUGGUGAGGGUGUGCAGCAGGCGCUACUGCGGUUGUUGGAAGGGACGGUGGUGGGCGUUCCCAACAAGGCGGGUGCCAGCAACAAAGCAGCCAAAGGCUCCACGCAGGCUCAAGCGCAGCAGUCUCCCGAAGGAGGCGAGUUGGGUGCGUGGUAUGCGCAUCGCAAACGCGCUACGCAGCAAGGCGAACAACCGGCCACAUUCAACGUCGACACGUCCUCCAUCCUCUUUGUCCUCUCCGGCGCAUUUGUCGGCAUCGACGACGUCAUCCGCACCCGUCUAUCUCCCAAAGCAGAGACCGAGGCGAAAUGGUCGCAAACGGAUCUCCUCUCGCGACUCGAACCGACCGACCUCGAAUCGUACGGUAUGAUCCCCGAAUUCAUCGGUCGUCUCCCCGUCUCCGUGGUCCUCAACCCACUCACCUUCCACGACCUCGUCCGCGUCAUGACCGAACCGCGCAACAGCCUCGUCGACCAAUACACCUCUCUGUUCGCCCUCAACGGCAUCCAGCUGCACAUGUCGAGCGGGGCCAUCGAGGAAGUCGUGCACCGCGCCAUGGGAAAUGGUGGCGGAGGCGCGAGGAGUUUGCGGCGGAUCAUGGAGGAGGUAUUGCUGGACGCGUUUUACGAGAGUUACGGUGGCGAGAGUGUCAAGUACAUCUUGGUGGGGAGGGAGAUGGUGAGGGAUGCGAAGGUCGGGCUGUUCAGUCGGGGACAGAGGUUCGAGUUUGAGGCGAGGGUGAGGGGGGAGGCGGAGGAGUGGGAGGCGGAGCAGGCGAGGAAGGGCGCGGACGAGAAGGUGGAUGGCGGGUCGAAGGGCAAGAGUGGGGAGAUGAAGGGUAAGGGAAAGGGUGGUGAUGUGGAAGUGGACGCUACGAGGGCAGACAAGGCAAGGCUCAAAGCGAGAGCACUUAUACGAUCGAGGUUGAGGCGCACCAAUCGCCUCGUCGACCCAGUCAUCUACAUCUGA